ACCGCUUAACACCCGACGGUAAAUGCGAGUGUCCACCCGGCACCGCCCUCAACGAGAACGACGAAUGCAUCUUCUGUCAAAUCGAAAAAGGAUUUAAGAUCAACGAGCAGGGACGUUGCGUCUGCGCUCUCGAGCGCGGUAUGAUUGUGGACGAGCACGGAAAUUGCAUCUGUCCUGUGGAAUACGGUUAUCGUUUAGACCAGCGCGGAAAUUGUACGCCCGUACCUGGCGCCGAAUGCGAGAAUAACCACCACUGUCCCGAUCAUAAAUUCUGCAAUCCGCAAACGAAGACCUGCGAUAAUCCUUGCGUGCCGACAAAGUGCGGAAAGUACGCCUUCUGUAACGCGGUCAAUCACCAAGCCGUCUGCCAAUGUCAGUCCGGUUACUCAGGAAACCCAGAGGUCGAUUGCACCCCAAGUAUAUUACAUCAUCGAACUGAUUUCCCUAUACCCGAUAUGGAAGUCAGCUGCCUGUCAGAUGGCGUCCAAAUACAAAUCGAUAUAACUGACCAAGGCUUUAACGGAGUUCUGUACGUAAAAGGACACAGCAAAGAUGAACAGUGUCGUCGAGUUAUUACUGUACCAUCAAAUGAACGUUCACGAACUGAAAUAUUCAAGGUACAAUUUGGCAACUGCGGAUUAAUCCAUGUUAAUGGUCAAGCCAGCUUUGUGCUUGUGAUACAGAAACAUCCGAAACUUGUGACUUACAAGGCGCAAGCUUAUCACAUUAGAUGUAUAUACCAAACUGGAGAACAAAAUGUCACCCUGGGUUUUAACGUAUCCAUGCUGACCACGGCUGGAACCAUAGCUAACACAGGUCCUCCUCCAACCUGCGUCAUGAAGAUCGUAACGCAAACUGGCCAAGAAGUGAACUCGGCGGAAAUUGGCGAUAACUUAAUGCUCCAAGUUGAAGUACAACCAGGCUCGAUAUAUGGAGGAUUUGCCAGAAGUUGUAUUGCAAAGACGAUGGGCGAUAACGUCGAAAACGAGUAUAUAGUAACUGACGAGAAUGGUUGCGCGACCGACCCCACCAUUUUCGGCGAGUGGGAAUAUAACCAUGAUACUCAAAGCUUACUGGCCAGUUUUAACGCUUUUAAAUUCCCGAGCAGUGAUAAUAUAAGAUUCCAGUGCAACAUUCGUGUCUGCUUUGGAAGAUGUCAACCGGUCAAUUGUCGUGGAUAUAACGCAUUUGGAAGACGAAAACGUGCCAUAGAUUCCGAAAACAAUACAGAUGUGUUAAUACCCGGCGAUUUGAUGAGCGGACAAGUACGAGAAGAAAUUACUCUACAGUCUAACGCCAUUUUAACUUUCGAAAGACGCGAACAACGUUUCGUAGAUCCGACUGAAGCUCCCAACGCUCAACGGGCGGAGGAUAUCUGCGUGUCGAUGAUUGGUUUUAUAAUAGCCUUGGUGAUAACGGCACUCUUAGCCUUGGUGGCCGUCGCGGUUGCAGUUUCGUGCUGGUUAAUGGCGUAUCGGCGCAGACCAAAGGCGACGGGACCUCUUCCGCAUCCACCUGAGUUCCCGAAUCCUCUCUUUACGACGCCCGAACCAAUGGCAGAGCCCAGUCCGGACUACCUCACAUAAUCAAUCGUAAAACAAUGUAGAUAUUAAAUUUAGGUUUUUAUAUAGACAAUGAAGAAGAGUGUAAUAUGUAUAUUAAGUCGACCAAGACCAUCUUCCUCUACUCACUGUGCCUUCGACUUAAUGUAAAUAUUGCGAAGAUGAAGCAAAGAAAAGUAAUGUUCCACGCCAUUGAAACGGAAAAAUGGUUGUCACAUUUCUAUUUGGCUUCCUUUUCCAUUGGCUUACUCCUUUAAGUUUCAAAGUCAAGGGGAUGUACCAUUAGAUGGGUGGCGGUCUUAACACUAAAUUUCACUAAAUUAUUUUGAUCUAAUGCCCUUGUCUGUAUUUCUUAACAGUUGUAGUUUUAGUGCCUGACAUAAAUUGUUGUUUUAAAGCCAUUGGAAGACGUAAGCGUAUACAUAAGACUAUAUAAAUUGUAUAAAAAGUGUGCGUGAAGAAGUGUGAAUGUUAAUUAUGCUCAACUUUAAUUGGUGCUGACUGAUUUUUAUUAGUAAUUUUUGAGCAGUCAUAUUUAGUCAUUCUUGUAGUAUAAACUAUUAAAAUUAAAUAAAAAUUACGAUGAUAAAGUCUCUAGGAGGCAAUGAAUAGUAUAAAUCAAAUAAAAUUUGUCUUACUAUUUCAAAAAGAAAUUGGCUUCCUAUAAAUGUAUAGUAUACUUAACUUUAUUCCUUUAUUUAUGUAUCAAUUUUUAUUUAAUGUCAUUGUUUAACAUGAUU